AUGUCAGGUUCUGGGCUGAAAGUAACAGUUCCAAAUACUCUGGAAGCUGUGUCGGUUGGUUCCCGUGUUCUUCUGCCCUGCAGUUUCUCUGUGGAUACCCCUCCUGUGAACCCAAACUUCCUGGCUGUAUUUUGGAAAUUUGAGGGGCAAGAACUGUUGAAGUAUGAUAAAGGAAUAUCUGCCAGUCCGAAGAUGACAAUAGAUGGUCAGGCUGCGAUGAGUGGAGAUGUUUCUCUGACCAUAGACAAUGUGACCAUCUCUGAUGCAGGCAUCUACACAUGUUUAGUAAUUUACAGCCCAGACAGACAAGAAAAGGAGAUUGAGUUACAUGUUCAAGCUUCUCCAAAGGUCAACAUAAUUAAAAAAAGCUUCCUAAGGAAUGAGAAAAAUCGCCUGCACUGUUACAUCACAGACUUCUACCCAAGUAAUAUUAAAGUGUCAUGGUUCAAAGAUGGGCAGAUUCUGAUUACGUCUGACACGGGCAAACCUCAGAGGAACUCAGAUGGCACCUACAGCGUAAACAGCUCCGUGAUUAUAACCCCAACUAAGACCCAGGAUAACAUGCUCAUUGAGUGCCAGGUGGAGCAUGAAUCACUGGUGAACUCUAUAAAGGAUAACUAUACAGUGGUAUAUGGAGCGGUGCCCAGCGUACAGAUCUUCUCUUCAAGAAGACGUGAAGACCCGGAACAUGUCUUUCUCUGCGAUGUUCGAGGCUUUUACCCCAAGCCCGUGACAGUAAACUGGCUGCUGAACAGAAGAAAGGCUGAGAUCCCCAGUAAAAAUGCAGAUGGCAGUUUUAAUAAGGAAAGUUACUACCGUGUCCAGUCUUCACCCGAUAACAAAGUAACAAAUAUCUCCUGUGAGGUCCAACAUGAAACAUUGAUGGAUCCUGUGAUCAAGACAUUGCGACUGCCACAGGAGGAUGAGGUUGAGGUGGGGACCAGCACUUCCAGUGUCAUGGCAGCCAUCUUUGGAUCCUUUCUUGUAACAGUAAUUGUAUCUCUGGCUGUAUUUUAUAAGAUAUAUAAGGAAAAAUACUUCCAGCAGUUUCGAGUGAGCCCAAUAUACAGGCCUGAGAUGUGGGGUGAGGAUAGAAAGGUCACCCUGUAUUGUACGGCUUCCAACUGCCCAAAGGAGGUCCAGGUGACAUGGACUGUGACCGAGGCUGAUGGACAGAGCGUCAUGAUGUCAGAUGGAGUGAUUGAGAAGGAGAAGUUACUGAGUGAUUAUACUGUAAGAACUGACCAAUCACAGGCUGAUGGACAGAGCGUCAUGAUGUCAGAUGGAGAGAGUGAGAAUGAGAAGUUACUGAGUGAUUAUACUGUAAGAACUGACCAAUCACAGGCUGACGGGAUGCACAAUGUUAUCACUGUACUAAACAUCACACCCAGUGUAUCAAAACACAGAGACACAAAAAUUGUCUGUAAGUUUAUCUGUGACAGGAAAACCAAGGAGAGAAAAAUCAACUGGAAAUUUCAACUACUAAAACCCCAGAUAUCGGAUGAUACCCCUAUUAAACUAUCGCUGUGUGACUUGGGUGAUGUGCUCUGCUCGGCCAGUCUGCAGAACUUCAGUCCUAAAGAUAUUCAGAUCAGAUGGAGCUCUGGAGUUGGACAUUAUCAGGAUCUGGAGACCUUUAAGGAGACAGUUACAGUAAAUUCCCAGCAGACGUUUAAUGCUGACAGUGAAUGCAGGAUUCCUGGUGACCUAUUCAAAGAGCCAGGAUUUAAAGUGCGUGUCCACUGGAGACAUGAAUCCAUGGAUGGACCUGGAUGGAGGGAAGUGUCUGCAGCAGACUCCCCUUGGCGCCCUCAGAUAGGAGAUAUAAUAAUACCGGAUUGGUUACACCGCGCUGAGGCCAAGCUGCAAUGUACAAUCUCUGGCUAUUUCCCUGAUAAUCUGGAUGUGAAAUGGUUCAGGAGGGAACCUGGAAAGCAGGAACUGUACCUUGUGUCUCCCAGUGAGAAAUACAAGCUCCCAGUGAUGGAUGUAACCAGACAGGAGGAUCGGACUUAUACCUGUACAGCCAGUCUGAUUGUCACAGUGUCUGCUAGAACUGAUCAUGGAGCGGAAUUCAUCUGCCAGGUGGGACAUCCCAGUGUGGAGAGACCCUUGGAGAGAAGAACAAGGGAACUAAGUGUGAAAGGAAUCCCAGUAAUAGGGAACUUUGUACAAAAGGAUCGAUAUAUCUCAUUGGACGUUGAUGGCUUUUACCCGAAGGAUAUUACGAUAACCUGGAGCCGGGCUGAGAAUAAACAAGAGAAUUAUAAGAGAAUCCCUGACUCCUCCAUUCAGAAUACAUCACAUCAGAAUAACGAUCGCACCUACAGACUAACCAGCAGGUGUGAAGGUCUGACACGGAUAGAUCGUAUAAAUCUGGAUAUCAUCUAUUUCAAGGUGGUGGUGGAACAUGAUAGCCUAUGGUCUCCGGUAGAGCACAACUUCCAGCGUUCAUAUGGUAAAUGUCCCUCAGAUAGAAUUACUGGGUUUAUUAUAUCUGGGGUUAUGUUUAUUGUUAUAUCAUCCUUUAUAAAGAAGGAAUUAGAAGACUCGUCUGACUCAUCCAAAUGGCAAUGUAUAGUUAUACACAGAAAGUCUGAUGGGAUUUAG